AAAAAUUUGGUAAUUCCCCGGUCAUGGUUGACGGCCAUCGAGUGAAAUCACUCAGAAGUGAAGAUGUAUCUGUGUAUUUAAAGACUUUCACGGACGCGUACCGGAGUCUAAUUGCUGGCCAGUAAAUUAUGUAAAUUUCCACACAUGAAGCGUUUAUACCUAUAAACACAGAAACGAAACUAGUUUCAAACAGUUUGUGUUGCGCUUUGGCGGGAGCACAGUAUUUGAAAAUAAUUUGUAGAUUUAGUGGCACUCUAUAAAUAAAACGAGAACGAGUUUGAUCGAACUUUCAUUUACGAUAUGAUGACUAAACCUUGCGGCUAAUGUGUUACUUGCUAUAAUUUAUUGCGGCUACAGUCAUUAUCAAGUGUAGUGUAGUUUGUUAUUCGAAAAUUGUAACUAGCAAUGUAUCAGUUUGUGUUUACAACUGGCUUAAAUGGGGACUCGGAAUUUCAUAAGGAUUUGAGCGCAACGAACAAUCUUUGCAAACUAGUGCAAGUAACUGUAAAUGCGUCUUCAGCGGCUAAUUGUGGAAGACGAUGGUGAAAAAUUGCUACGUCUUUUUUAUUUUAGUGGUGCUUGCGGUAACGGUGUAUAUUGCAGAGACGCGACCUCAAUUUAAAGAGUCGCUUGAAGCCAUCUCCAAAGUGACUGAAGGGAUUAAUGAUAGCGCUAUCACUUUUAUUAAACAUCUAACCGGCGAGGCGUUAAAAGAUGACAAGAAUAAAACUAAAACCAGGAUUUUGUUCCGAGGGGAUUUGCUGGGCGGGGAGUUCGGCGACCAGGACAUAAUAUUUCCCGACACGUACCAAGUGAUUUUCAAUGAUGUUCCGAAAAUCGACGGUCCUCCUAAGUGUGCCGAAGGCAACACUUUUUGUGAGGACUUUGAUUCUUAUCCUUACAACCACGUGAAAAACGUGCUUAAGCGCAAGCGGGUGCAUACUGAUUUAUUCGGCAAGGACGAACCCCUCGAUGAGCGCUACAGCAUCACCAACAGAAACGGCGACUUCGAGGCGUUCAUCUGCACGAGCAUAUCCAAAACGAUUUUCCCCCGAGUUGGCAUCAACAAAAACAACAAGUGGAAGGUCAUAAUCAAUCAAGAGGAAGACGGAUACAUUCAAGGGAUUAGGACGGAAAUUUGCCGAAAGUAAAGGGUUGAAAGUUGAUUUCUGUGUCGGUGACAGAGUGUUGCGGGGAAGGGGCGGCUUGUGACCUCAUCGGCGACAGGGCGAACGGCUACAUAACCAGCUGCAAGCAAAAAUACAUGUUGCGGAGGAUGAUGUCUUUAUCUGAAAAUGGGGAUCCCGUCCCGGACACAUUCCAGUUACCGUCAGCCUGCUGCUGCUCUUACA